UCCAUUCGCCAGGGCGAAAGUACAUGACUCAGCUCUUACCUCAGCCACCAACCGAUGAUUGGCGGGGCAGUUUGUGACCGCAUUGACCGCCAAAAUAAUAAUGCCGCGGGACAACAGCAAUCAUUGCUAGUCGAACCUCGUCUGCUCUUUUUCUUCCCCUUGUUGGUUGUCAUAGGUGCCAAUCCCUCUUGUUUCAUCGUUACGAUCUUCGAUGAUUUCCUCGCCACGUCGCGCGCGCUAAACUUUCCGUCUGUCGCGAACCUUAUGGGGGAAGUCGCAACCCUUCCACCACCCCAAUUGGAAACAGCUGCUUGGGACGACGGUACACCGCGCAAAUAACUCAGGAUGGCCAAUGGGAAGAACAGCGAGCCGGACGCUGGGCUGAAAAGCCUGGAUCAUUGUAUGUGAAUGCCUAGUACUUUUCAAAGAGCAAGACCAAUCCCAGACUAACGACGA